GACACAAUCUUCAAAAUGUUUGUAGAAAGCCAUCCUGACAUUUGGUGGGGAAAAAAAUUAAUUGCACUGCUGCAUCUAGUCAAGAUGGCACAGUUGUUUGUUGGCUCCAACAGAUAGAUUGGGUCUAUAUCACCAAGAUAGAAAAGAAAGGCAGACAGUGUCAUCAAAGAUUGUGAACAUAAUGGUCACCCUCUACUGCUGCCAUAUGGCAAAUAGUUCAGAAGAUUAAAACCAGUUGUGUCCAGAUCCACUGAAAUGGGCAAAAGGCAAAAGUCAUGGAUGACAUUGUUACGAAUGAAUGGCAGAAAAACUCAGAAGGAGAAGAAAACAAAGCGGAUCUGUCCAAAGCUGAAGUGAAGAUGAAUUUCAGUAAAAACACCCAUCGUGGCAGUCCCACUCACAAGGAAAACAUUCCAUCUUCAACCAAAGCAGAAUCCUUUCAGUACCCGAGGACCAUACAGCGCACAGUUCUCGGCUCCUUGUCAGAAAAUGAGCAGCGUGGACGAUCCCUAAGCCAGGGAAGCCAGUUUUCCAAGCACAGUUCUGUUUCAGACAGCUCGCAGCUCAACUUUCUCGGCUGCCCAUCCAGCUCCAGCUACGAUGUGUACGUCGAGGAGGCUUGUGAAGUCGUUCUCGCCGCUUCGGGUCAGGAAGUCAUUUCAGAUGAUUAUGACCUCGAGGUUGAUGCCAAUCCCCUGCAGAAUGAACAUGUCAGGCUCCUGAUGGAGUUUAGUUCAAGUUCAUGUCAUGAUGCCUCGAUGCUGUCCGAACCAGAAGAAUCCCUGAUAUCUAGAGAGACUUUCUGUUUUGAUUAUGCAGAAGAUAUUUACAAGAACUUAAGGGAGAGUGAAAAGCAGUUCAGGCCAAAGCCAAGCUACUUGGAGAGACAUCCGGAGAUCACCAAUGGUAUGCGGGUCAUUCUGGUGGACUGGCUGGUGGAGGUUGUCCAGGAAUACAAGCUCGGUUCUGAAACUCUGCACCUUGCUGUAAACUACCUGGACCGUUUUCUGUCCUACACAACAUUUAUCAAGAGGAACAAGCUGCAAUUGGUGGGAACAGCUGCAUUACUGAUUGCCGCAAAAUAUGAAGAGAUCUUUCCUCCCGAACUGAAUGAGUUUGUGUACAUCACAGACUGCACCUACGCUAAGAAACAGCUACUGCGGAUGGAGAGCGUUCUGUUAAAGGUGCUGGACUUCAAGAUGGCCGCACCCACCACCAAUCAGUUCCUUCGCCUGUUCAUGUUCAUCCACUCUGUCUGUUCAACAACAGAGAACCUUGCUAUGUACAUAGCAGAGUUAAGUCUACUAGAAACGGAUCCCUUCCUUCAAUACACCCCAUCCAUACUGGCAGCUGGAACCUACUGCUUAGCUACCUACACUAUACAUAAAUCUUACUGGCCUGAUUCUUUAAUUACCUUUACUGGGUACACGAUGGAGGAAAUCAUGCCCUGCCUGACUUCUCUCCACAAGCUGUAUAUCAGUGCAGAGACUCGGCCACAACAAGCUGUCAGGGACAAAUACAAAACAUCAAAGUAUUGUCGUGUUUCAGGGAUCUCCCCCCCCACUGUUCUGCCUCUCCCCUGACUCCACUACUUCAUCUUCCUGAUCCUCCCAGCAGAGCAUAGUUUCAGCUCACUGAAAACAAAGCACAGCCAUUCAUUUUUUACCACACACAUGUGGACUCCUUCACUUUUUCUUAAUCAAAUAGUUAUUUAUACACAAUUAAAGGAGUUCAGUUAAUGUUUGAAACUCCUUGAGGGCGAACAUGGAUUUACUUUCAGUAUUAUACACAUUAUUUUUAUUUGAACUGUUAUAUGCUAUGCCUCUUUUCAAAAUCUAGCUAUCAGGUCAUGCAUUUUACGGCAGUUAAAACAACUAAGCAUUUUGCAGUCUGAUUCCUUUUGUUUUCACUUCACUUGUAGACAUUUUAGAGUGUGUGAUAGUGCAUUAUAGGCUCCAACACCUAUCACAUUCUAAAUUAUGAUGAGGUGAGAACGGAAAUUUCAAUCCUUAUAAUAAGACAUGUUUCUGACACCAUGUAAUUCAAUCAUCUUGGGAAUUAAUAGAAGUUUUAGUUCUUCACACAAUAACGUCAAAAGUUACUGAACUGGUUUGAUGUAUUACCAGCAACAUCAUCAGGUAACGUCUAAAUAAAGGUAGCUAUGUUGUCUUAUUCUGUUUGUCACUGUUUUAUAGUCAAAUAUGUUGUAAAGCGGUUUCAUUGUGAAUUACACUUUGGCAACUUGCUUGAUGUUCUUCAACUCCUGUUGAGCUGUUUACAGAACUGAAUGGUAUUUCAAGAUAUUGUAAAGUUUAUUGUUUUUUCAUUAUUGUUUUUAUAAAUAAGAAGUCAAAGUCUGUUUAACUAUUUGAUUUUUUGUUUGUUGUUUUGAUUACUUGGGAAUUUUUUUUUUCUCAGCCCAUAGUGAAACAUAUAAUCCUUUAUUAAAAGACUGUUCUGUCACACAAAUACUCAUAUUGUUUUAGUAAAAAAAAAAACAAUAAAAAUUGAUAUCCAACAAAAAUACUUGCACUUCAAAAUGUGAUUAUGCAAACAUGGUGUAUAAAAAUGUACAAUAAAAAUGAUGUUAAUCCAA